UUUUGAGGGGCACACAGUCAGACAAGAAUAGCCCGGCCCGCGCGACUGACUGUGCGAGUCGCCCGCCGCCGCCGCGUGGUCCAGUCUUUGGUCUGUCGGCGGUGUCUGCUCGUCUGCAGGCAGAAUAAAUAAACCCUCGGCGGCUCAUUAAUCCGUAAACGCCGCUCCUCGCAAAACCAUGGUCGGCGGCGUUUCCAGCGGCAGAAGGUAGUUCCACGUGCGCCGGGUGAAACGAGUGAUGUGAGAGCAGGCCCUUGGCUAUUGUCAGCUCGCUGGCACAAUGAGGAACAACGUGCCUAUUGAGGAGGAUGAGCCCGGCAAGUGCUGUGCCUUCUGGUACUGCGUGUGGAAGGUGUUCACCUGCAUUUGCUCGCACUUCAUUCUCAUCUCCAUGGUCGUCUCCUAUUGCAUUAUGGGCGCGUACACUUUCCAGGCGCUCGAGGCCAAGAACGAAGUGGCGCGCAAAGUGGACAUCAAGUACAAGCGCAGCAAUUGCACCGACCGUCUUUGGCAGCUAACGCAGGAAAGUGACGUCCUGCGUCAAGAAAACUGGACCGAGCGGGUCAUCGUCGAACUGAAAGAGUUCGAAAAGGACCUGUUGACAGCCAUGAAGAAGCACGGCUGGGACGGCACGGAGAACGAAGAAGCCAACCAGUGGACUUUUUCCGGCGCACUUUUUUACUCCAUCAUCGUCAUCACCACAAUUGGCUACGGCCACAUCGCGCCGAAAACGCACUGGGGCAAGGUGGUGACCAUUUUUUACGCCAUCCUCGGCAUCCCAUUGAUGCUCCUGUGCCUGUCCAAUAUCGGUGACGUCAUGGCCCACUCGUUCCGAUUCAUAUACUGGAAGGUCUGCUGUUACGUUUGCACAAGAAAACCAAAGAGGUCGCAUCGAAGGGGACGAAGCGCCCGAGGGGGCACCAUAAGACAGCACAGAAGCUCUGGAGGUGCAAAAUCGCGGUCAGCGUCUUUCCGUCGCUCAGCAAGAACGUCGCAGCGCUCGGCGGACAGCGCUCUCGGCCUCUCUGACAGCGUGAUGACGCGUUCCUCAUACUCAGACAAUGAGUUUAGAUACGAUGAUACGGGCAUGGAAUUAGUGCAGCAUCCUCAGAAUCUCCAAAAAUCUCGCGGGGUGGACGCGACCCUUCAGGUGCAGCAACCCUCCAUGAUGGCAAUGGGACCUCAGCUCAAUCAACCUCUGCAGCAAGCCGCGCAAGGAGGUCAAAAUCCGCCAGUUCUAUUUAACCGGUACAUUGACGAUGCGUCCCAGCAGCAGCAACAGCAAGGGUGGCGAAACAAAGGCAGGCCAGGGGUGGAGUUGGACGCCCUUCCAGCCGGUCGAGGGGACUCGGUGAAGAGCACAGCCUCCCUGCCCAAUCCAAUACCCUCCCCUACUGGGCCUUUGCCUGGGCCUCCGACGGGACGCUACCAGCGGCAGGGCAGUUCGCGUCUGGGUCGUUUGCGGGAGGACCCUGAGAUGAUGGACGAGUUCAUGUACGUGUACGAGUCCGAGCCGGAAAUCGAUGACACGCCGUCCAAGCCGGUGCCAAUUUGGCUGUGCGUCUUCCUCGUCGUCAGCUACAUCUUCGGCGGCGCCUUCCUCUUCGCCGAGUGGGAAAAGUGGGAGUUCCUGGACUCGGCGUACUUCUGCUUCAUCACCCUGACGACCAUUGGCUUUGGCGACUUUGUACCGGCGCAAAGGAAGGAAAAGGCCGAAAUCAGCAUCGCCCUGUGUUCGCUGUACUUGUUGUUUGGUAUCGCACUUUUGGCCAUGAGCUUCAAUUUGGUGCAAGAGCAGGUCAUCAACUCUGUCAAGUCGGUCGCCAGACGGCUCGGCAUCAUCAAGGAUGAAAAUGAAGACGAGGACUGAAGUUCAAUUUCAAACAUUUUGAAGUGAUUUUUUAAGGUGAAAAUUUCUGUUAAAAUUAUAUCAGCAAAUGAUUAUUUCUAGAUUGUAUUCCCCACAAUUUUUAACAUUUUGUUUCUUAUCUUGGAAAAUCCAUUUCGAAAUUUUUUAUUAACAACAUUAACUGUUGAAAUAGUUUUUAAAAAGUUCUAAAACUCCCGUUAGCUGAAAUUUAUUCUGAAUCAUUACCCCAAAGAAACUUAUUUGCGAAAAAAAUUUGCCCUUUAGUUGUCUGUAAAUACGAUCAAUUUAAAAUUAUAUCCGUGGCUUUUCAAGCAAAAUUAUUGGUUUAUUUUAUAAUAAUAAUAAUGAUUUUCAUCUCUGACGUUUUUCAAUGCAUUUUUCAACUUCUCAACAGCAUGUCUGUCAUUUCUUUUCUACCUCUCAAUCAAAUUGCAAAACUGUCUAAUCGCGGCCUUCCUCUGAAAUGUAAAUAAAGUGGCGAACUAUUGAUUCCAUCAGCAACUGGUUUUCUUUUAUUGACUGGUUUACGCCUCCUCUAACCGGCUUCAACAAGAUCAGCAUAAUCUGCAGAUAUUAUAACAAAGUCAGAUCACGCCAGCGAGGAAAAUAAAUAGGGACGAUGAACUAA